AUGCGCGCGGCGGCGAAGAGUGCCGCGCGUGUGGCGGCGCGCGCGAGCGGGCGCGCGGCGGACGGCGCGGGGCGCUCGAUGUGGUGGUCGCAGCAGCUGCAGCGGAGCCUCGCGGCGGCGCGGCGCGCGGCGGGGCGCGAGGGCGCGUCGGCCGGGGCCAAGGCGCUUGGGUCCCCGGGCGGACAAAAGGCAGUCGAGGCGGCGCUGGCCAGGCUCAAGGUGCCGUCGACGGUCCGCGCGGGCGGCGCCGCGGCGGUCACGCACGUGUCCGAGCGCGGACUCAACGCCUUCCAGCGCGUCCUCGGGCCCAGCAGCGCGCGCAUCCUGGCCCGCGCCGCGCGUGGCCUCACUGUCGCCAUCCCCGCCAUUGGUGCCCUCUUCGUCGCGCACCUCGCGCGGCAGGACUACCUCCGCUGGCGCACAGAGGAGAAGGCGGGCGAGCCCCACGUCGCAAGGGCCUUCCUGGCCGCGUUCACCCUGGACUGCGCGGACGCAGUGGCGCACGUCGUGGUCGUUGCCGCGCUGCUGCACCAGCACAUGGGGAUCGGGCCGCACGUGCCGCACCUCCUGCUCGAGGUGGCGGAGUACGGCGGCCUCGCUGCCGCGGGCGCGGGGACGCUGGCGGCCGUCGUGGGGGAGGUGUUGGCCGCGCGCCACCGCGCGGCAGUGGCCGCGCAGCAGGCGGCCGCACACGCCGCGGACGGGACCGGCCACGGGAAGGUAGCGUGA